GUGGGUCCUUGAAGACAUACUAGGAGAACUGGAAAAUCCAGUUGCCCAACUCCCCCUCCCCUCUCCCCCAAGCUCUUGCACCGAGGAUGGGGAGGGCAUGGGGUGUAGGGCUGGCCGGUCAGCUGGGGACCUGCCAUCUCCUCAGUGAGUUCCCGAGUAAGGCGGCCAUGAUGGGGCCUGCGCUGCCCUUCUUCCUCCUCCUGACCCUCCUUGGCGGCUCGCAUGGCACAGGGCCAAGUAUGAUUUUGCAACUGAGGCUGAAGGCGUCUUCUCCAGGAAAUUCAUCCUACGGCGCCACUUUCCUCGGAUGGCUGGAGAAGCUCUGCCUCCUCCUCCAUGUGCCCCCAGGGACCAAUGUCACUCUCCACCGGGGAGGAUCGCCACAGAGCAUCACCUGCACCGGCUGAGCAGCCACACUCCGUGCCCCUCCUGCCGGGGGCACUUAUGGGGGGGCGGGGAGUGCCAAGGGGGUGUUCCUGGCUCUCUUUCAGUAGAGACUCCCCUGUGGAGAGGCAGGGAACAGGCUGAGUGUAAAGUCAUUUCUGUGUCUGUGUGGGGCUUGGGUAGGGCAUGGAGUGGAACUCCAAGUGCGACUCUCCCCUCGGGCUGUUGCGGGGGGAGGGGACACGCUCCUGGGUGCCAGGCAUGCUGCCCCCAGGGCAGUGCUGGCUGCACCUUGCCGGGGCCGAGGGGGCAUUGCUACUUCUUCCAUUUUUCAGCUGGCACUGACUCGGGGUAACCCUUGUGCAUCCCAAUCAAACAGCGUGCUCCUUCGAGUUCUCCA